AUGAUCACCGCAGCAAUAGCUGAACUCCCUCGGAAAAUGAGCAAACGAAACAGAGAAUCUGAUAACAAAAACAACAGUAAGCAUCCGGUUUACCGAGGGGUUCGUAUGCGGGCAUGGGGCAAAUGGGUAUCUGAGAUCCGAGAACCCAAAAAGAAGUCUCGGAUCUGGCUUGGCACCUUUUCUGACCCAGAAAUGGCGGCGCGUGCACACGACGUGGCUGCACUCUCUAUAAAAGGCUCGUCGGCGAUCCUUAACUUCCCGGAGCUUGCCGGAGUUUUACCACGACCGGACUCUUGCUCUCCCCGUGACGUCCAAGCGGCAGCCACCAAAGCCGCAGCCAUGAUCCAUCUUAACCCAAUCACCACCACCACCGCAACAACAACAACGACCCCGUCGACGUCAACAUCCUCCACGUCAUCUUCAUCUUCGUACUCCGGUGUCUCAACGUUAACUUCAGCUUCUGAAGAGGUGUCGACAAUGUCGCCACCGGCGGAGGAACUGGACGCAAUAGUUGAGCUACCGAGUUUGAGUGAGAGUUAUUGUUCGGGUGAGUCGAGGAACAAUUACGUGUUCGUGGACUCGGGGUGGGAGUACUACUCAUUAUCUACACCGUGGCCGGCGGAGUGCGAUGGUGGAUAUUUCCCCGGGGAGCCGUUGUCUAUAUUACCUUCUACUUCUUCCGGCACAUUUUUUUCCGACAACUAUUCAUGGCAAGAUUACUAA